CGCGCGGCACAGGCCGCCGGGGCGGGGUUCCCGGGGCCACCGCGACACGCGGGGCCGCCGCUGCGGAAACAGGAAGCUGCGGGGAUGCUGCGCGGCUGCGCUCCGCACAGGUUAAUUGCCAUUUCUUGUCACUGCAAACCGGAACCUCCUUGCCCUUUUAGGAUUGCAGGUGCAGGAGCUCUGAUUCUGGGGAACAGAAGCCAAUUUAGGGACUUCAUACUAGUUUAAUCUCUGAGUUGUACUCUUUAAAAGGCAGGCUCAUCACUGAUGUUCAGCGGUUUCCUUCAGCUGUGUCAGAAGUGAGGAAGCAGUUCUGUCCCUGAGGUCUUUAGGGCUUGGCACAAGGAGUGAGCACAAGGAGAUCACUUUGUAUCAUCUGGAAGCAGCUGCCAGGUACAUGGGUAAGACCUGGACACCAUCUGCACCUCACCCAGGAUUCGACAGUUUUCUCCUGGAUUUGACCCUUGGUUGCUGAAACUCUUGGGCAGAAGAAAUGGCUAUCAUCAGACUGGAAUUUGAAAGGCACAAUUUUUGUCUGUUAAAGAGGAGUUUCUUGCUGUUGAAACUCAUAGCUGUUAUCUUUGCCAUGCUUUUAUUUUGUGAAUUUUUAAUCUAUUACUUAGUCAUCUUUCAGUGUAAUUGGCCUGAGAUGAAAACUGCAGCUCGUGAUGGUAAACAAGAGUCUCCUGAACCUGUGUUGAAAGCCAUGUUUUUGGCUGAUACCCACUUGCUUGGGGAAGUAAGAGGCCAUUGGCUGGACAAAUUACGAAGGGAGUGGCAAAUGGAGAGAGCCUUCCAGACCGCUCUGUGGUUGUUGCAGCCAGAGGUGGUCUUCAUUCUGGGGGACGUCUUUGAUGAAGGGAAGUGGAGCUCCGCCCAGGCCUGGGAGGAUGAUGUAGAGCGGUUCCAGAAAAUGUUCAGACACCCACGUCAUGUGCAGCUGAAGGUAGUUGCUGGCAACCAUGACAUUGGCUUCCACUAUCAGAUGAGCACAUACAAAAUAAAACGAUUUGAGAAAGUUUUCAACCCUGGAAGGUUGUUUUCUUGGAAAGGAAUUAAUUUUGUGAUGGUCAACAGCGUUGCACUGGAAGGGGACGGCUGCACCAUUUGCUCUGAAGCAGAAGCUGAGCUCAUCGAAAUCUCUCACAAGCUGAACUGCUCCCUAGAGCAGGGACCCCGCCCCAGCCCCUGUGGAGAUGGGCAGCCGCUGCCAGCAUCGGCCCCUGUCCUGCUGCAGCAUUACCCGCUUUACCGGAGAAGCGACGCCAACUGUACUGGGGAGGACGCAGCACCUCCAGAUGAAAAGGACGUCCCCUUUAGGGAGAGAUACGACGUGCUUUCCCGGGAGGCUUCGCAGAAGCUGCUGUGGUGGCUGCAGCCACGCCUGGUCCUGAGUGGCCACACGCACAGUGCCUGCGAGGUGCUCCACGGGGCAGGCGUCCUCGAGCUCAGCGUGCCGUCUUUCAGUUGGAGGAACAGAAACAACCCCAGCUUCAUCAUGGGCAGCAUGACAUCGAGAGAGUAUGCUCUUGUCAAGUGCUACCUCCCCUUCGAGAACACAGUCCUGAUCAUAUACUGUGGAGCAGCUGCAUUCCUGGUGGUCCUCAUAUUAGUUCACUGUGGGCUUCUAGCCUCACCUUUUGUUUCUGGUUGGAAGCUGCUCAGAAAAUUUAAGACAGUGUGAAGAGCAGGAGACCUUUUGCAAUUAGUAAAAAAUAUCAAAGACAACUCCAGUCAGUGCUCAUCUGAGAUGAGGCCAAAGGUGGCUGUCUUUGUGCACAUCCUAAAAAUUCUAAAUCACUGAUGCACAGUACUGUAGAAUAAAUAGUUGAUUGUAUUGUUCUCAUGCUAUAAAAAUGGAACAUGUACUCUACAAGUCUGUUUUCUCAUUUUAUCAAAUAUAUGUAUAAUCAAAGAUGAUAUCUGUACAAUAUGUAAAAGCUACCAGUGUCAUCACUUGCAUGCACUUGCCAGCCCUUCCCUCCCCAUGACAGGGCUGGCAGCCCUGGAACACACUUGGGAUUAUAUGUACACAAACAUGGGCUUGCUUCUGUGCCCCUUUGAAGUGGCUCUCAAAUUCCUAUAUAUUAUAAAGAUAUUAUAAAGCUAUACACUUGAAAUAAAAGUACAGAUACUAUAAGCAGGAAUAUAUUGUUUUCACAGACUUUUGUACUUCUGUGCUAAAUUAAUGGAACUGGAUUUUUAGAUACAUGUAAUUUUCUCUCCAUCAGACCAAGUUGUUAAAUCUGAAUUUAAUGCUUGUCAGGGAUCAAAUGAAACUGGAAACAUGGACUAGGAAGUAGCUUUGGUA